AUGGCACCUCUCAGACCACAGCAGCAGUUCGCUGACCAGAAGUCCGAAGAAAUCCACCAUCAUCGACAAUUCAUCCACCCUCAUAUCGCUCGACUAUACGAAGUUAUAAUCACCGAAUCUCUUGUGUGGCUAGUUUUGGAAUAUUGUCCUGGUGACGAGCUGUACAAUUAUUUGUGUAAGAAUGGGCCACUUCCCGUCGAAACUGUUCAAAAGAUCUUCACUCAGCUGGUCGGCGCCGUUGCAUAUAUCCACAGUAAAUCAUGUGUUCACCGAGAUUUGAAAUUGGAGAAUGUCCUUCUGGACAAGAAUGACAACGUUAAGCUUUGCGAUUUUGGCUUCACCAGAGAGUACGAGGGGAAGGCCAAUUAUCUUCAGACAUUCUGCGGCACAGUAUGCUACAGUGCACCAGAGAUGCUGAAAGGCGAGAAAUAUGCGGGCGAGAAAGUUGACGUUUGGAGCCUGGGGAUCAUUCUUUAUGCGCUCUUGAAGGGGGAACUGCCCUUUGAUGAAGACGACGAUGCCGCCACAAAGGCCAAGAUAUUGAAAGAUGAUCCCGUCUAUCCCGACACCUUUCCGGAAUCCGCAAAGACUCUAAUCUCCAAGCUUCUCUCGAAGCGGCCCCUGUACAGACCCAGCUUGUCAGAUAUUCUCGCGGACCCCUUCCUGUCGGACCAUGCCCCUCACCAACAAGCAAUCCUAAAACUCUCACAGCCAGCAGCUUUUACUACUCAAUUGGAAAAGGACACGCUCGAACGAAUGAAGUCGGCGGGCGUGGAUAUCGACAAGGUCAUUGAGAAUGUACUUUCGCAGCGCUGUGAUACGCUGGCCGGAUGGUGGGCGUUGCUCAUUGAGAAAGAAACGAGGAAGCAAGCCCGCAAGGAACGGAAGCGGAAGGACAGAGAAGCGGAGUUGAAGAUUCUCAGGCGAUUGAGUGGAGCUAGCGCCAGGUUGGAAAGGAUCGCGCCCACGCUGGUCGAAGUCGACGAGGAGCAUUCUCCUGGUGAAAAGCAGGUUGAAGGCCGUCGGAGCACCAGCCGCGGCAGGACACAACGACGAAGCACGCCACAGAUACUGGUGGGUGACUUGCCUCAACUUCCUGAGGGGGAUGUCAUCAGAUCUCCCGGGGCUGAAACUCCGCCGCCGCCACCAAUUGAUAAAGACUCUGUACGCUCUCGGAGCGGCUCUCGACCUCCCAUUCCACCCAAGGAACGCAAUCGACGGAGCAGCACGCUCCAACUCGUGACAACGAACCCCGACCUGCUGGGCCCCUUGAACGGAGUGAACAAGAGGCGAAGUGGAAAGUUUCGCAAUCGACAAUUUCUGAGCCAGCUCACAGCGUUGAAGCAGUGGAUCGUCGACUCGACGAAGCGAGCCAGAUCACCAGUCAGUCCUAGGAUCGACAGAAUCUUGAACGGACAUUCCAACAACACCUCCAAAGCAACUCUCUCCAGAGACUCCAACCAACUCAACAAGAGCACCAAAAACGUUGCAGCCGCCGCAAAUCCAGAUAGAUCCUCGAACGGGUCUGCACUCAUUCCCAUCAUUGCCAACGCCAAACCUCUUCCCUCUGUCAAAAAUCCCGCGCCUAGGAUCGAUACGGCCCGUGGCAGACCUCAUCGCAACUCUCUCUCGCCCUCGCCUGUGACGCCCCGCUCUUCGUACCGGCGCAGUUCCACGGGUCUACGGAGCCGAAAAUCAACAUCCUCCUCCGUGUCAUCAAUCCGAAGCAUGCCACGACACACCUCUCACAGUAAAGCGUCCUCGCAAAGUUCUAACAGCCUCGACACGGUUCAGAGUCCUACGAGCCGUACGGUCAGUCUCAACGGCCGUUCCCCUCACCCCUCCAUCAAAGUCCUCCCUGUGACACCUACCGCGAACGCCUUCCCUUCAAAUGUUCGAAUAGUUCGGACGCCGAGAGGCUCCGAAGUCGGCCUUCAGCCUCGUCCGCUCUCUGGAGUGGGCACCGAGAUGUUCAAUCAUCCACCAGGUACUCCACAUGCCCACACAUUCGGAUCGAACGUCAUGUUCGCUCGGCGGAAGAAAUCACCAUUCAAAGGCCCCAUGCUCAACUCUGCUUUCUUCUCCGCAUCAAGCCUCCCUGUUGCAUUCGGUAGCCCUGCUAUCGCUGGUGCCGGAAGACACCGUGAAGGGUCAGAUGGAAAGCUCAACUUGGGCCUCAAAGAUUUUGUGGCCGGGGGUGGUCGAAGAAACAGCAGUUCCAAGAGGAAGAAUCAAAUCAUCGAAGAAGAGGAAGAAGAUGAGCAAGCCGUCAUUGGGGAAGACGACGAGGAUGUCGAAGAAGUCGACGCGUUCCACGCGGUGCAUCUAAACAAGGGUGAAAGACUCGACAGCAUAACGAUUUGGAAUGAUGCCGUUCCAGACGGCGCAGCCGCAGACGAGUAUGGCGACAACGACAGACGAAAGUCAGCCGCUGAAAUUUAUACAUGA